GAUUUUGAUUUAUUAGAAAUGUUUAUUAUUUUGUAUGUGUCUGUUUAGUGAGGACUUUUAUUUUGAAAAGUAGUCACUUAUACUCUCUUAGUUCAGGAAACAGGAAAUGUGAGUAGUACUGCAGUAGUUCAUCAAAAUGUGGUAGCUGUUUGGCUAAUCCUUAAACAUCAUCCUUCUUUGCAUCUGUUAGACGCAACGUCUUUUCACAGUUGAUUCAUAAACUUCAUAAACGACUUGACGUCUCCAUCGAGGUUUUUUGAGUGACUGUUUAACUUACUGGAUAGUUAGAUGCCAGAAGUCUAAUAAGGCCAGUACAGUGAAAAGACGUUAAUACAUCAGACUGAGAAGGACGUUCAUGAAUCACAUGGAAUCAAGGUUUAAAUAUUCCAAAGAUUCUACCACAUCAACCUGAUUUUUUGCAUGUGAUCAAGUCUCAUAUAAGUAUGGCAGAAGGUCAGACAGAUUUAGUGGAUCUUAAAGGCACAGCUGAAGAUGUGCACUCUGUCAGCACACGUUCCUCAAAAACAUCCAGACGUUCUUCAAGAGCAUCCAGUUGUCACUCAAGUGCCAGCAUAGCUGUUUUCAAGGCACGAGCAAAAGCAGAAGCCGCACAAGCCAGAGCAGCGUACGCUAAAAAAGAAAUAGAAUUGAAAGUUGAACAGGCACGUCUUCAAGCAACACUGGAAGCUUUGCAAGAAGAGAAGGAAAAGGAUGCUGCUUUGGCAGAAGCCCAGGUACUGGAAGAAGCAUUUCUGGAAACAGAACGUAGUGCAGCCAGUAGAGUAUCGGUGCCUGUUCCCAUCGAGGACAGCCGGAAUCGUACAGCAAAUUAUGUAAAAAUACAAUCUGAGAUUAGUAGUGGUACACUGCCCUCUAGUGGAGAGAAAGAAACGCAACCAAAACUUCAAUCUUCUCAAUUUGUUAGUCCAAUUAAAAGUGAAACUGAUUUCAAGGACUUACCAAUUAGUUCACAAAACAUGGACUUUAGUGUAGACAUGUUUCAAGAUGCCACCCAAACGCAGGCUUCUCCUCGUCGCUACCAAAUACAGAGUGGACCUUCUGAUAAAGGAGAUUCCUUGUCCAUUACCUAUGACCUUGCAAAGUAUCUAGCUCGUACACAGCUUGUGUCAGCGGGGCUUACUUAUUUUGAUGAUAAGCCCAUUAAUUACUGGGCAUGGAAAUCAUCUUUCCAGGGUGCAAUUUCUGGUCUGGGUCUUUCACCAGCAGAAGAACUAGAUCUCUUGAUUAAAUACCUGGGUAAAGAAUCUUCUGAGCAUGCACGGAGACUGAAAGCUGUUAAUAUCAGAAGCCCGGCAGCUGCACUGAUAAUGACAUGGCAGAGACUUGAGGAAAUAUACGGUUCUCCAGAAGCAAUUGAACUUGCUCUUUUUGCUAAACUGGAAAACUUCCCAAGAGUAACAAACAAAGACCCACAAAAGCUUCGAGAUUUAGGAGACAUCCUCUCUGAACUAGAAGCUGCAAAGCUUGAGGGAUACUUACCAGGUCUGGCAUAUUUGGACACUUCUAAGGGAGUGAACCCUAUUGUUGAGAAACUUCCCUAUAAUAUUCAAGAAAAAUGGAUGUUGUUUGGAUCUAAAUAUAAACAAGAGCAUCGUGUUGCUUUCCCACCUUUCUCAGUGUUUGCAAAUUUUGUCCGCUCAGAAGCAAAAGCACGCACAGAUCCCAGUUUUAGUACGUUUCCUCAUGCAAAAUAUGAGAAAGGAGAAAGAUUCGAGAAACAAAGACAAAUUCCAAUAUCCGUUCACAAGACUCAAGUUAGUACCUCAACUAAAGUACAAUCUGAACAGAAAAAGAGAUCAGUUAGUCCAAAUCAGAUUUGCCCAAUGCAUGGAAAACCUCAUCCUUUAAGAAGAUGCAGAGGGUUUAGAGAGAAAUCUCUACAAGAGAGGAUGCAGUUCCUGAAAGAGCAGUCUGUGUGUUACCGUUGCUGUUCUUCUACAGGCCAUAUCGCCAAAAACUGCACUGUGGAAAUUCAGUGCAAAGAAUGCGGUAGUGACCAUCACCUUUCAGCUCUUCAUCCAGGUCCUGCACCAUGGAAAUCGCAGGCAUUUACCCCUACCUCAGAGCAUGGCGGGGAGAGAGAUCAAUCAGAUAGUCAUGAAGUUACAUCUGAAUGCACAGAAGUCUGCGGAGAAGGUCUGAGUGCGCGGUCUUGUUCAAAAAUUUGUCUAGUUUCUGUUUAUCCAGCUGGACAUCAAGAGAAAGCAAAGAGGAUGUACGCUAUCCUAGAUGAGCAAAGUAAUCGGUCUUUGGUUAGAAAAGAUUUCUUUGACAUCUUCAACAUCAAAACAAGUCCAUUGCCCUAUACAUUAAAAACCUGUGCAGGCCUUCUAGAGACAGCAGGUAGAAGAAUUUCUGAUUUCAUUGUGGAAUCCAUUGAUGGAAAGAUAAGUCUACCUCUACCUUCUCUUUUAGAAUGCAAUCAGAUUCCAAACAAUCGUACAGAGAUUCCGACUCCUGAUGCAGCGUUCCAUCACAGCCACCUGAGACACAUAGCACAGGAAAUACCACCUCUUGACUCUGAUGCAGAGAUUCUUCUAUUACUGGGCAGAGACAUCCUUCAAGUGCACAAAGUGCGCCAACAAAUUAAUGGCCCAAAUAAUGCCCCCUUCGCUCAAAAACUGGAUUUUGGCUGGGUUGUCGUCGGGGAUGUGUGUCUCAAAGGAGCUCAUAGGCCACCUUCAGUUCAUACUUUCAAGACUUUUAUCUUGGAAAGUGGCCGUCACAGCUUUCUGAGUCCAUGCUACAGUCAAAUCAAGGUAAAAGAGAAGUUGGAUGUUAAUCCACAACGGCAACAAUCUCUAGAAGCCUCACUCAAGGACCCCUUUCUGUUCGUGUCUGAAGGUGAAAACAUAGGUUGUUCAGUUUUCUCCUAUACAGCGAAUGAUCAUAAGAUUGCUCCAUCUGUGGAAGACACUAGGUUUCUCCAGAUCAUGGACAAAGAGGUCUUCCAAGACAGCUGUAAUAGUUGGGUUGCUCCGUUACCUUUUCGAGAGCCCAGACAAAGUCUACCUAACAACAAAGACAAUGCAUUGAAACGUCUUCUUGCACUGAGACAUACUCUUAACAAGCGACCACAAAUGAAAGCACAUUUCCUGGAAUUUAUGGACAACUUGCUAAAAAAUGAGCAUGCAGAGAUUGCACCGCCUCUCAAGCAUGGUCAGGAAGUGUGGUACUUGCCGCUGUUUGGAGUGUAUCAUCCUAAGAAGCCUAAUAAAAUACGUGUUGUUUUCGAUUCAAGUGCGCCCUUUGAAGGAGUUUCACUAAACAGUGUGCUUCUCACAGGCCCUGAUUUGAAUAACAGCUUGCUAGGAGUCCUGAUGAGAUUCCGUAAAGAGCCUGUGGCUAUUACUGCUGACAUACAGCACAUGUUUCAUUGUUUUCUGGUAAGGGAGGAUCAUAAGGAUUAUCUUAGGUUCCUGUGGUACAGAAACAAUGACCUUAACAGUGAGAUUGUGGAUCACCGAAUGCGUGUGCAUGUUUUCGGGAAUAGCCCAUCACCAGCAGUGGCUAUCUAUGGCCUACGGAGAGCAGCCAAAGAAUAUGAAGAGAGUUUCGGCAGUGACACCAGAAAGCUGGUGGAGAAGGAGUUUUAUGUUGAUGACAUGCUGAAAUCGUGUGCUACAGAGGCAGAGGCGAUCGAUCUUCUCAAACGUACACAAGAGAUGCUUGCAGUGUCUAAUCUUAGACUGCACAAGAUUAUCUCCAACUGUCCAAGCGUGAUUGAAGCUUUUCCUUCGGAAGAUCGUGCUGAUGGAAUUAAGGAUCUGCAACUUUUCUCAAAUGGUCUUCCUAUCCUACGUAGCCUUGGUGUGUCCUGGAAUGUUGCAACAGACACUUUUGUGUUUCAUGUUUCAGAUGAUGACAAGCCUUUCACUCGGAGAGGAGUUCUAUCUACUGUGAAUGGCUUGUAUGACCCUCUUGGAUUCCUUGCGCCUGUUACCAUACAAGGGAGGUUACUGUUGAGGGAACUUACCAAACAAGGCGAGAGCUGGGAUUCACCUUUGCCAGAGGACAUGGAGGCUGAGUGGAGAAAAUGGAAAAAUUCUCUUCAAGAUUUAAAAGAGCUUCAAAUACCACGUGCUUGCACAUCCAUCCCUUUGUCUGAUGUCCAGAGUAAAGAACUUUGUGUUUUUGCGGACGCAUCAGUCAAGGCUAUUGCUGCUGUAGGAUACCUGAAGGUGACAGAUCAUCAUGGUCACACAGAUGUUAACUUCUUGUUUGGAAAAUCCAAAUUAGCACCACAGCCAGAUAUUACUGUUCCAAGACUGGAGUUGUGUGCUGCUGUAUUAGCAGUGGAGAUUGCAGAGUUGAUUGUGGAAGAGAUGGACAUAACCUUCGAUCAUAUCUGGUAUUACACUGACAGUAAAGUAGUACUAGGCUACAUUUGUAAUCAAACUCGGAGGUUCUAUGUCUACGUGAACAACCGAGUUCAACGAAUCCUAAAAUCCAGUUCACCAGCACAAUGGCAAUAUGUUCCCACAGAACUUAACCCAGCAGAUCACGGAUCUAGAUCUGUACCUGCAGCUUUCUUAGGUUCCACUUCGUGGCUCACAGGCCCACGCUUCUUGCAUAAUUCCCAGUUUCAGUCUGAAUCACAGGAAUCAUUUGAGCUUGUGGAUCCAGCCUUAGAUUCUGAGAUACGUCCACAAGUGUGUACAAACCUAACUGAAGUUCCCAAGUCCACAUGGAACUCUGAGAGAUUCAGCAGAUUCUCUAACUUUAACACUCUCAUUAGAGCAAUAGCACGUCUGAUUCACAUUGCCAGUUCUUUCUCCAAACACUCAAAAGAUGAUAGUUGUAGAGGAUGGCAUAUUUGCUGUAAAGGUCCUACUGAAGAAGAGCUGGAAAAAGCGAGAAUUCUCGUGUUGAAAAGUGCUCAAUAUGAGAGUUAUCCAACAGAGAUUCAGAGAAUCGUUGCCACUCAUAACCUUCCUCGUAAGAGUGUGUUGAGGAAACUAUCUCCUGUCCUUGACAACAACGGCUUACUUCGAGUAGGUGGGCGUAUCGUGAGGUCAGAUCUGGGAACUUGUGAAGUCAACCCUAUCAUCAUCCAAGGUACACAUCAUGUGGCAACACUGAUUGUACGGCAUUACCAUGAGGCUGUGAAACAUCAGGGCAGACACUUCACGGAGGGUGCUGUCAGAGCUGCUGGAUAUUGGCUAGUAGGAGGUAAAAGGUGCAUACGUAGUCUGCUUUUCAAGUGUGUAACCUGUAAAAGACUGCGAGGGAAGACAGGACAUCAGCAGAUGUCUGAUCUGCCUGUGGAACGGUUGACAAUAGCUCCACCCUUUACCUAUGUGGGUGUUGAUGUUUUCGGACCAUGGGAAGUGACUGCUCGUAAGACCAGAGGAGGUCAAGCUAAUUCCAAGAGGUGGGCAGUUAUGUUUUCAUGUAUGUGUACAAGAGCAGUUCACAUCGAAGUGAUAGAGGCAAUGAGCUCUAGUAGUUUCAUUAAUGCCUUAAGAAGAUUUUUCGCAAUCAGAGGGCCAGUUAAGCAUCUAUAUUCAGAUCGUGGCACAAAUUUCGUUGGAGCUUCUCGAGAACUCAGAAUGGAUACAUCUUGUGUCAAUUCGGAGAAUGUGCAGAAAUAUUUAAAAGAACAGCAUUGCACCUGGAUAUUCAAUCCCCCUCACGCCUCUCAUAUGGGCGGCCACUGGGAGCGAAUGAUUGGGAUUGCUCGUCGCAUCCUUGAUUGCAUGUUACUUGAUGAGAGAAAUUACCGUCUCACACAUGAGGUCUUGACGACAUUCAUGGCGGAAAUUACUGCAGUGAUGAAUUCACGGCCUUUAAUCCCAGUUUCUUCCGACCCUGAAUUUCCCUUUAUUCUCACCCCCGCUACUCUUUUGACACAAAAGACUGGUGCAACACCUCCCCCUCCCGGAGACUUUGGGAAUAACGAGUUGCUCAGGGAAGAAUGGAAACAAGUACAAAGGUUAGCAGACAUCUUCUGGACAAGGUGGAAAAAGGAAUACCUAAGUACUUUGCAAUCCCGACAAAAGUGGCAAGACAAAAAAUCUAAUUUGAAAGAGGGUGAUAUUGUCUUGGUAAAGAACAUUCAAGUUAACAGAAAUGAGUGGCCAAUGGCAAUUGUUGAGAAAACUUCACCAAGCAAAGAUGGACUGGUGAGGAAAGCUGAUAUUAAAGUGACUAAGGAUGGCAUUCAAAAAAUAUUGUCACGUCCUGUCUCCGAACUUAUCCUUCUUCUGUCUCCAGAUGGAUAAACUGAUUUGGGAUUCUUAAAAUCCCAGGCGGGGAGUGUGCUGGACUGAAUUGAUUUUGAUUUAUUAGAAAUGUUUAUUAUUUUGUAUGUGUCUGUUUAGUGAGGACUUUUAUUUUGAAAAGUAGUCACUUAUACUCUCUUAGUUCAGGAAACAGGAAAUGUGAGUAGUACUGCAGUAGUUCAUCAAAAUGUGGUAGCUGUUUGGCUAAUCCUUAAACAUCAUCCUUCUUUGCAUCUGUUAGACGCAACGUCUGUAAGUACAUAGUGUUAAAUUUAUUGUGUGAUUCUUUAAGAAGGUUAUUUUGACAUUAAGAUGGAUAUUUUCUUAGCUUAAUUAUCUUUACAUAAUCAUUGUUAAUAAUUUCAUACUUAGUAAUUGUAUCCUUUGUGUAUUUUACAGUUUCACAGUUGAUUCAUAAACUUCAUAAACGACUUGACGUCUCCAUCGAGGUUUUUUGAGUGACUGUUUAACUUACUGGAUAGUUAGAUGCCAGAAGUCUAAUAAGGCC